AUGCAGUUCUCCACUGUCUUCUUCACCCUUGCCUCCGCGCUCCUCUUCAUGGCACCUGCAGUCAGCGCUAUCGCCUGCGACCCCCUGUCUGCGUGUAAUGACAAGAACAACUACCCGCCUGGCCAUCCGUGCAAGUACACCUUGGACCAGUGUGACCAGCAUGGUGCGAUCUUCUCGGGCCAUUGCGUGGCCGCGGCCGACGGCUUGAAAUGCCAGUAG